AUGUCAGGAAGCUGGGCCGUACCACUGUGCCUUCCUAACAACUGUAGGUGGGACGAACAGACUGGUGAAUACAGCAAGGCUAGAGGAGAAAGGCAAAGCCUCUAUGUAGUCGACAAAGCUCUCGAAAGGCUAAGAAGCAUCAAAGGUAACCUGUAAUCCUCUUUUAAAAUUUCGUCUCACAUUUCCUCUUGUUAUGCUACCCAUUCUUUUACUCUCCCUAGCUCUUCCUUCUAUUUUUUUUCUUGUGUAAUCCCCUAAGGUAGUGAUCGCUAAAAUCACGAGUGAUGUUGUAGCUUAUUCAGUAAACUGCGGGCUGUUUUUCUCUACUUUGUUAUAUGUUGUUGUGAACUUGAAGGUGGACAACGUUCACUGAAUUGAAAUAGAGGGCAAUACAGUUUUGAGCGACGCACGUCAACUGGAACUGAUGCAUUUCCCUUUUUCAAGCCUUGACACUAGUACAUUUUUAAUUGCUAAGUGUUUUUACUCUUAUAAAGACGAUUUUCUAAAAAAAAAAAUAGGCAAAACCAAUGCCUAUAUAAGAAUGCAAAAAGUCCACUUUUAGUUGACAUGCGUCGCCGGCUCAAAAACAAUAACACCGUUCGGAUGCGGAUCCAGAAAAAUAAGAAAAAAAGGGCCGCGGAGGACUUUCCAGGUUGAUAGAUACUAUUUUCAUUUAUUGGCUUACUCUUUCCGGAAAACAAACACUCUUUAGGUGAUUAAAUCAUCCACGAACGUAAAUAAUUUAGAGCUAUUGAACUUAAUUACUAUCAGGAUAGUUAUUUAUAACUGGUUUCUAGCCAUAAUCUUUUAUUGCUUUUGUUGUUGUUGUUGUUGUUGUUGUUGUUAUUAUCAUUAUUAUUAUUAUUAUUAUUAUUCUGACCAUUGUGGUUUUUAGUUGAGAUCCUGAGAUCUUUCGUACUCACACUAACUUAAUUUGCAACUCAAUUUAGGUCCCGUUUGUGUGGUGUCAAUUGCUGGGCCUUGUCGCAAAGGCAAAUCGUAUAUCCUCAGCAAAGCAUUUGACCAAGGGGAAGUUUUCCCUCUUGGACACUUUCUGGACCCAGAGACGAUGGGUAUCUGGAUGUGGGUUGUGCCAGAAAAGUUGAAAGUAAGCUCUUAGUAAUGACGUCGUGUACGAUAUAUUAACUGCUGAUACAUCCAGCCCAGUAAUGCUGGGGCUUGAAAAGACAGAUCUGACCAACUAUUUUGUGUGCAUGGUUUGCUUGUCUACCUACCCUAGUGCCCUUGUCGCUACCCUAAGAUCUGUGAAAUGCUGAUAGCGCAUAUUAGUUCAGAGUUCCUAAGGCCAAUUUUUCAGACUCUGGGCCUGAAAAGUCUUGCUCCAUCUCUCGAAACGCAUUAUUAUAUAUUGUACAUUAUUUUCCGUAUGAAGCCCAACCCAUCGAAACCUAUUUUCCUUUCAAUGCAUAGGACGCCAGUGGCCAGGAAUUUACAGUAGUGCUGUUGGACUCGGAAGGAACUGAUGCGGUGGCCAGUGAUGGUUCCGAUGAUCACUGUAUAUUCACUUUGACCAUUUUACUGGCCUCAGUUUUGAUUUACAACUCAGCUGGUGUUCCUACCCGGACUGACCUUGAUGGACUUGAGUAUCCUUGA